UCGACAUCCAGUUGAAAUUGUUAAUCGAAACAUUGAAAAUAAAUGCCCACAUCAAAUUGCAACGUCAAUUGAGCAUUUGAAUAGCACAACAAAUCCAUUUUCGCAAUGUCAAUGAAAAUCGAACACCCCGUUGUGUUCUGCAACAAUUGUAUUUUUGAAGCAAAAUUGUUCAACGAACCGACAAACCGGCGAAAAAUAUAUUUGGCUGCGUGUUAUCAUGUGUUGUGUGAAAAAUGUCGGGAUAAAAAUGGUGGCAAAUGUAUGGUCUGCAACGAAAAAGUUCAUUUCAUAGAAAUUUCACGCACAAUGCCAGAACGGUACCGAAAGUUAUUUGGAAUCUUUACAACGGAACCAUUGGAAAACGCGUUGAAGUUUCAACACUCAAACUUUCGUUUGACAAAAUUGAAAUUUUUAAAAAUGAUCCCGUAUUUUAAACAAAAGAUCGCUAAAGCGAAGAAGAAGGCCAAAGAAAUCGAGGAGAAGGUUCGAAAGAUGCAGAUCGCAAAAAAGAAAAAGGAUAACAUUCGAGUCAUCAUUGUUGAAUUUCGUAAAGAUAAAAAUGAAUUCAAAAAGCGCAAACGGGAACGAAAUCAACAAAAACAUCAGCCACCGCAACGAGAUAAACAAGAAAUGCCAGCUGGACUAUCGCAACGAAACAAUCGAUUGAAGCCAACACAACGCCUUCGAUUUGAAAUGCCACCACCACAACGACAUGAUCAAUUAAAGCCAACACAACGUCCACGAUUCGAAAUGCCACCACCGCAACGAUAUGAUCACCACGGAGGAGAACGCACCAACCGAUAUGACCUGAAUCGAAACAUCAAUGACGAUUCAAUGUAUGGGGAAAAAACAUUAAGUUUCAGCAACAUUUGA